UUUAGCACAGAGAAGGACCCGUUUCUAUCCUCACUGAGAGGGAUUUUUAUUUAUUGACAAUCUUAUAGUCCAUCUUUUAGAUGAAUGAGAAGCAAGCUACAUUUGCAAUGAGUUUCUCCAGGUUUCCAGUUUUUCUUUCCCUUCUGCAUUGUUCAUUGCAGUCAUCAGAUAUGUUUACAUUAAAAGGAAAUGCCAAUGGAAAGCCCUGUGUAUUCCCUUUCAAAUACAAAGACAAACAGUACAAUGAGUGUACAGAUGCUGGUAGGACAGAUGGCUGGCUGUGGUGUGCAACAACUGCAGAUUUUGAUGCUGAUAAACUUUAUGGAUUUUGCCCACUAACAAAUGACACAGAAAGAUUUUGGACAGAAGAUGUUUCAACUGGCAUUCACUAUCAGAUAAACUCAGAAUCAGCUCUAACAUGGCACCAAGCAAGGAAAAGCUGUCAGCAGCAAAAUGCAGAACUACUAAGCAUCACAGAGAUUCAGGAGCAAGCAUAUGUAAGAGAGCUAACUAAAAAUUUUGGUUUUGCAUUCUGGAUUGGAUUGAACACUUUGAAUUUUGACAGUGGAUGGCAAUGGGCUGGGGGUAGCCCUUUCAGAUAUUUAAACUGGGCUCCAGGUAGUCCUUUCCUACUCCCUGGGAAAAUCUGUGGAGUGUUGAACCCCAGAAAGAAUGCUAAAUGGGAAAACCAAGCAUGUAACCAGAGACUAGGCUACAUUUGUAAAAAGGGUAUCUUCAGUUCAAAGCCUGACAUUAUAUCCAAAGAGAAAUUGAGGCCUGUUAAGUGCACAGAUGGUUGGUGGCCAUAUGCAGGUCACUGCUACAGCAUUCAAAGGGACCCCAAAACAUGGAAAGAUGCUCUGACUUCAUGUAAGAAGCAAGAUGGAGAUUUGGCAAGUGUCCACAACAUUGCUGAAUACAGCUUUCUAGUGUCCCAGCUUGAUUACAGGCCAACAGAAGAGCUAUGGCUGGGUCUGAAUGACCUGAAGACUCACUUCUAUUUUGAGUGGAGUGAUGGGACUCCUGUGACGUUCACCAAAUGGCAACGCAGGCAUCCCACCUACUGGAAUGGUCUGGAGGACUGCGUUGUUAUGAAGGGGCAGGAUGGAUACUGGGCAACUGAUGUUUGUGAUAAGCAACUUGGUUACAUCUGUAAAAAGAAGCCUUCAUCACAAUCCUCUGAAAAAGAGACAGUUGAGGACCCAGGCUGCCAGAAAGGUUGGAAAAGAUAUGGUUUUCACUGUUACUUGGUGGGUUCUGCACUUUUGACAUUCUCAGAAGCAAAUAAGACAUGUGAACAGAGCAAAGCUUAUCUAGCUACGGUGGAAAGCAGAAAUGAGCAAAACUUUCUGGUUAGUCUGGUGGGUCUGAGGUCUGAAAAGUAUUUCUGGAUUGGUCUCUCUGACACAGAAGAACGAGGGAGUUUCAGGUGGGCCAAUGGUGAAACUCCUCACUUCACACACUGGAACAAAGCAAUGCCAGGAAAAGAGCAAGGGUGUGUUGCCAUGGGAACUGCAGCUGGAUUAUGGGAUGUUGUUAGCUGUGAGAAGACAUCAAAUUAUCUUUGCAAACAGCGGGCAGUGGGAGUGCCACCUCCUGCUCCUCCAGGACAGGUCCCUGUGGCCGUCUGCGCCGAAGGUUGGGAUGGAGCCUCCCAGGCAGACUCGUGCUUCAGAUUUUUUGUGAGAGAGGGAAACCAAAAGAAGUCUUGGUUUGAGGCUGAAGAAUUCUGUAGAGAAAUAGGUGGAAAUCUGGUCACAAUCAAUACAAGAGAAGAUCAAGUUUUAUUAUGGCAAUUAGCAUCGGAUAAAGGACUUAACACUCAGGCUUUCUGGAUUGGUUUGUUUCUCUUAAAUCCUGAUGAAGGAUUUGCUUGGAUUGAUGGUUCCCCUGUAAUUUAUGAGAACUGGGAUGAAGAUGAACCCAACAACCAUGAAGAACUUGAACAUUGUGUUAUGUUUAGUAGAUCACCCAAAAUGCGCUGGAACGACUUACGCUGUGAACGUUUACUUAAUUGGAUUUGUGAAACAAAAAAAGGUACACUGCUAAAACCUGAACCAGAUUACAAACUUGAAUAUCAAUCCACCAGUGAUGGAUGGAUUAUAUAUGAAGAUAAACAGUACUAUUUCAGCAGAGAACAUGUCCACAUGGAAGAAGCACGGAGGAUUUGUCAGAAGAACUGUGCAGAUCUUGUUGUCAUUGACAAUGAAAGCAAAAGACAAUUUCUAUGGAAAUAUAGCUACACAAAACACAAAUGGAAAUCAUAUUUCAUCGGCUUAGUUGUCAGCUUUGAUAAGAGAUUCAGAUGGCUGGAUGAGACACCAGUGAACUAUGUUGCCUGGGCUCCAAAUGAACCCAAUUUUGCAAAUAAUGAUGAAAACUGUGUGAUAAUGUCAGAAGAUUUUGGCUUUUGGAAAGAUAUAAGCUGUGGUGUGAAAAAUGCCUUUAUCUGUGAAAGACAUAAUUCAACUUACACAGGAUUUGCUCCUACUGUACUUCCACCUCUGGGAGGAUGCCCUGAAACUUGGCUUUUGUUUAACAAUAAGUGUUAUAAAAUAUUUGGAUCAAGAGAAGAAGAGAGACUAACUUGGCACUCAGCAAGAACGAAUUGUAUAGAAUUAGGGGGAAAUUUGGCCUCCAUACACAAUGAUCAAGUACAAGCUUUCCUAACCUUCCACCUAAAGGAUGUUUCCAAUGGAACAUGGAUUGGACUGAAUGACAUUAAAUCUGAGGAUACAUAUCUUUGGACAGAUGGAAGCGUAUUUGACUAUUCAAAGUGGGCACGACAAUUCCCAUUUAGAGAUGUAUUUGUAAUGGCUGACUGGAAGUAUAUAGAGACUGACUGUAUUGCAAUGACCAAAAGAUCUGCUGAUGAAGAAGGAUUUUGGGAAAAUACUAGCUGCAUGAAUAAAAAAAGCUAUAUUUGCCAGAUGGACAGCAAGCCUGAACUGUUUCAUUCCACAAGUGCUCCAGAUUCUGAUUUCAUCCAUUAUGGUAACAACAGCUAUUUAAUCAUUCCUUAUAAAAUGAAUUGGGAAGAAGCAAGAAAAGCCUGCAAGGAGAAAUCUUCAGAGCUUGCCAGCAUUUUUGAUUAUUACAGUAAUAUAUUCUUGCUGCUGCAGGCAGUGCAAUAUGGAGAGCCUUUAUGGAUUGGGCUCAACAGCAAUGUGAAUUCUGGCUACUAUAGAUGGACCGAUAAAAAGAAAAUAAACUUUUCUAAAUGGGGCUAUGGAGAACCAAAACAGAAAAAAGCCUGUGUCUACCUAGAGCUCUCUGGGGCCUGGAAAACAGCAUCUUGUAAUGAUAAACAUCUUCCUCUCUGCAAAAAAUCUGAGGAUAUACUUCCUUCUGAUCCCCCCCAGGAUAUUGGAAAAUGUCCUGAAUCUGAUCAUAUAUCUUGGAUUCCUUUCCGAAGCCACUGCUAUUACUUCAAUGCCAAUGAAAUGAGCUGGGCUCAGUCUGUGACUCAGUGCAUUCAAUCAGGUGGUAUGUUGACUUCUGUAGAAGAUCCAGCUGAAUCAAACUUUUUAGUAGAACAUGCAGACUUAUACACAAGCAAGACAAGUGGCUUUUGGAUAGGAGUGUACAGAAACGUAAAGGGGCAGCUGCUUUGGCAAGACAACAGUGCCUUAGACUUUGUCAACUGGAGUGAAGGACAGCCCUCAGAGGACCAGCUUGAUUAUUGUGUGGAGUUGUCUGCAUCCACUGGUUAUUGGAGUAUCCUUCCUUGCUCUUCCCAAAAAGGUUUUAUUUGUAAGAAGCCAAAGACUAUUCUUAAAACAACUGUAAAUGUGGAAGAUGCCAAAAAGGACAAAGCCAAUGGUCACCUGAAUAUGUGGAUACUACUUACUCUGGUCCUCAUCAUUUUAUUAGGGAUGGUCUUCAUGAUUUAUUUUGCAUUCAAGACCAAAACUCGAAGUGACACUGCAAGAAAGGAGAGGUGGUGCAGCAGACAGAUAGAAUACAGCCAUGCCCUACCUGAAAGGGACAAUGAAAGCGAUUCUAUCAGCAACAAAGAAAAAAAUGAACACAGUGUUGUCUAAUAGGAUAAACCAGCCAAACUAAAUGGUUAAGCUUAAGAAAAUAUAGCUGAAACAAAGUAAAUCUUAGUCUCUAUUAGAUGCAUGUACUUCUGUGAACUAAAACUGGCAGUUUUUCCUUUGGUAAGGAUGAAGAACUCUUGCUCUGUGCUCUUCAAUAAAUAUUCUCAGGUAUUAAUUGAGUUGGUACUGCACGAAAAGGCUAAUUAAGCAGAACAAGUGGGAAUUUAGAUUUAAAAGUUAUGGGUUAAUACCAUAGUGUUGUCAUUAUUUAGAGAUUUGUGGCAGCAGUGCAUACAGAGUCAAGACUUAUAUUGAGCACUCUCUUUGCAGAGCACUCAGCCCUACUGCCUGCACCUUGAGAAUAUCUCACCAUACUGUACUGAAGCAUAUCGUUACUCAAGCAAAGUGGUGUUUGGAAUAAACAGAGAUUUACAUGAACUGUUUGUCCCCAUUGUUGCCCCUGUCUUCACUCUUUACACAAAUAUGUAUCUUCCUUGUGAUAGUAUUACAAGUGAAAUGCAAAUACUUGUCCUUCGUGGCUUCAACUUGGAUUUUGCAAAACAAGUAAAUCUUCGCAAACAGUCUUAUUCUAUGACUUUGAAUGUUUUUUAUCAAUUAUCAACAUGAGAGCAUACCAAUAAAUGAUCUAUAAAUUAC